ACCACCACGCCCUCUUCACGAUCGUGCUCCAGUGCAGCAAGCAAGCAGAGCAGAGCAGCCGAGCGUCCGAGAAGAAGACUCACCAGAGCAGAUCGUCGAACGAGCACUGAUCGAUGGCAAUGAUGGCCGCGGCGCCGUCCAUGGAGGUGGAGCAGGAUCUCCCAGGCUUCCGGUUCCACCCCACCGAGGAGGAGCUCCUCAGCUUCUACCUCUCCCGCGUGGUCCACGGCAAGCAGCUCCACUUCGACAUCAUCGGCACCCUCAACAUCUACCGCCAUGACCCCUGGGACCUUCCUGCGAUGGCGAAGAUCGGGGAGCGGGAGUGGUACUUCUUCGUGCCGCGCGACCGCAAGGCCGGCAACGGCGGGCGGCCGAACCGGACGACGGAGCGCGGGUUCUGGAAGGCCACGGGGUCGGACAGGUCCAUCCGGAGCUCCGGCGACGCCAAGCGCGUGAUCGGGCUCAAGAAGACGCUCGUCUUCUACCAGGGGCGCGCCCCGCGCGGCACCAAGACGGACUGGGUCAUGAACGAGUACCGCCUCCCCGACCACGCCGCCGCCGGCCGCGCCGCGCCGCCGGCUCCCAAGGAGGACAUGGUGCUGUGCAAGAUCUACAGGAAGGCCACACCACUGAAGGAGCUGGAACAGAGGGCCUCUGCCAUGGAGGAGAUGCAGAGGCGCAGCAGCGCGGCCAGAGCAGCAUCCCUGGCCCAGGCCGCAGGCUCCGCCGUCGACGACUACCUGUCGGUGUCGUCGGAGGACGCCCACGAUAGCACCUUCCUGCAUUUCCCGUCCUCGUCCUCGUCCCCGCCGUCGGGCGACAGCUACGGCGCGCCGGCGCCGGCGCCCAGGGAGGCCAAGACGGAAGCCGCGGACGCCACGACGGUCACGGUGGCGUCGUCGUCGUCGCUGGUGCAUGCCUCGAGCAUGGCCGCCGUGCAGCCCCCGGCGGUGAGGCACGGUGACCUGCCCACCCUGCAGGUGCCGACGAACAACCUCGGAGUCGCGGACUGGACGCAGAUGCAGGACCCGUUCCAGCUGCGCAGCCCGUGGCAGGACCAGCUUUUCUUCUCUCCCUUAGCCCACCUGCUCUACUGAAGUGUGAAAUGAGGAAGGGGAACACUUGGAAGAAGACGAACCAGUGACCGAGCCAGUGUAGUCGCGUCACCAAAAUGUGGUUCGGCUUUGCAAUGGCGAGCCACAAUGGUAGCUUAGAUGUGGAUUCCGUUGUACAUAUGCUAGUCGGACUAAGUAGAAGAGUACUCGUAGAUGCUCUUUUUUGUUUAUUAUGCAUUUGGUACGGGACCUUUGACAUGAAAGUCAUAAUAAAUUAGUUAAAGUUCAUUUUCUAA